UACUAUAUCAUCAUACUCCCCAUAACAUCACACACCUUAAUUAUUAAUAUUUGGUCACAAAAACCUUCCAUUUUCGUUACUAUAUAGCUCUAGCUAGUUCGUAGUAGUAGUAUAUUUACUACAACUCCUACGUACAUAUAUAUAUAUAUACAUCUAGAGCUGUAGCUAUAUAAAAAUCAUCAUCAUCAUCAGAGUAGUCUUGCAAUAAUUCAUCACAAUAAAUGUCUCCGGUAGGAUUACCACCCGGUUUCCGGUUCCAUCCAACGGACGAGGAGCUCGUCAACUACUACCUCAAGAGGAAAAUCAACGGCCAAGAAAUCGAGCUGGAUAUCAUUCCUGAAGUUGAUCUCUACAAAUGCGAGCCAUGGGAGUUAGCAGAAAAAUCGUUUUUGCCGAGUAGAGAUCCGGAGUGGUACUUCUUCGGACCACGGGACAGGAAAUACCCUAAUGGGUUCAGAACGAAUAGAGCGACGAGAGCUGGGUACUGGAAGUCCACGGGGAAAGACCGGAGAGUGACGAGUCAGAAUCGGGCUAUAGGGAUGAAGAAGACGUUGGUUUACUACCGUGGGCGUGCGCCGCAGGGGAUUAGGACCGAUUGGGUCAUGCAUGAGUAUCGACUUGAUGACAAAGACUCUGAAGAUAGCUCUGGAAUUCAGGCAUAUAAAAUGCAGGAUUCGUACGCAUUGUGCCGGGUGUUCAAGAAGAACGGGAUAUGCUCGGAAGUAGAAGAACAACAACUAGCACAAUGCAAUAACAACAGUACUAAUACUAAUAAUAAUAUCUCACUAAUGGAGAGCUCAACAUCACAUAAUUCACACUCACAUGGCGCCUUAAUCAACGAAUCGGACACCAUGUCGCCCGACAUUCCCAUGGCGUCGUCCUCGUGCGUCGACCAGGACGACGAUAAAGACGAUUCGUGGAUGCAGUUCAUCACCGACGACGAUUCUUGGUGUCAGUCUAACACAACCACUACUACUUCUACUGCUUUUAUGGGAGCUGACGAUGUCUCUCGUCAUCUCACUUUCACACACUAGCUAAUUAUUACUAUUACUAUUACUAUUACUAUUACUAUUAAUUAUUAUUAAUAUUAUUGGACGUAAAUAAUACAAUUCUGGGGUGGAUUUUUGCUAUUUUUCUUGAAUAAUAAGAUACACUGUACGUAUGUUUCUGAUCAGUACACGUGGAAGAGAAAAGGGAAGAAGGAAGAAAUGUAUAAGAUCUCUUGAUAAAUUAUAUAUAUGUUUUGUUAAUUUGUAAUUUGUAGAUUAAAUAUGAUCUCUCUCUCUAAUUUGAUCUCAUGUGGGGUUUGUAGUUAAUUCUCUUGGUUUGGUUUGGUUUGGUUUGAUGAUUAUGGCUUCUAUAGAUUCAAAUUUACUGAAUUAUGUAUAUGGCUCUAUAGGUUUUGAUAUCGGUUUCCUUGAUUAUUGGUUUGGAGGUGAUUUGGGUGUUAUUAUUAUUUUCAAUUGUCGAACAUAUGA